AUGAGCUCCCGAGGUCGCCGCAGCCCACCGCAGUCGCUGGCCGACCCGGCCGCGAAUGAGAGCUCGCCACUGCUCGUGUCCGGCAGCAUCUCGCUAAACUACAAUUCGGACUCGGCCGUGUACGACCGCAAGGAGGAGGAGGGCGCGUCCAACGGCUCGCGGCGCUUCUUCGGCGCCGACAGCGACGGCAGCAGCGCCGACGACAGCGACGAGCACGAGGACUUCAGCGACCUGGACCGGCAGUUCUCGCCCACCAGUUACCGCCAGCAGGCGCCCGACGCCUUCCGCCAGAUCCCGCGCGCCAACUGGCACGGCCUGGGCUCGCGCAGCAAGUUCAAGCGCUCCAAGCCGCUGCCGGCGCCGGGCACCGUGAGCCACACGACGCGCCGCUCGCGCAUGCGCACCAUCAAGAAGCAGCUGAGGGAGCCGCCCAGCGCGCCCAAGCUGCGCGUGUCGGCCUACUGCACGUGCGACCAGCUGCAGCUCUUCAAGCUGCUCAAGUGGCUUGAGCGAGUGGAAACGGGCCAGCUGCCGGGUGGAGAGCUGCACCCCGACGGCUGGAGGCACAAGAUGUACAUGGGUGCGAUCCACUCGAGCUGCGCCCCGGCCCCAAACCUUGCGGAGGGGGCUCCGGUGCCAUACCAGCAGAAAGACGCUUUCUACUUCGCGACGGGUUGCGCGGUCUUCUGGGGGCUGACAAGAGCGGAGGAGCAGGCGCAUCUGGUGGCGCUGGGGGCAUUCUCGGUGGGCCCGGUCAAGCAAGUUGAAGUGGAGGACAUGGACUACACGUAUGGCGAUGCGAGCCUCAUCUGCAACGACGCGAUCACGCUCAGCAGCAACCGCGCGUCGGAGAAGCUGGCCGUGUCUUUUGCGAUGGCGCAGUCGUCCAAACUCGACGUGUUUGAGGAGCGCGUGGAGGAGGCCAUCCGUGAGACGAAGCACGUGCCGCAGAACCUUGCGGCCACGGGCUCGAUCCAGUACUCGCAGAGCGAUAUCUCCAAGCUCAUCGGACGGUUAUUUAUCGAGCGGAGCGAUGUGAACCUCAACUCGGACAUGCUGGACGAGCCGGACUUCUUCUGGGAGGACGACGAAUACGAGCCUUUGUACAAGAAGGUGAUGAAGUACCUGAGCGUGGACAACCGCGUGCAGAUCCUCAAUACGCGGCUGGAUAUCCUGCGCGAGCUGCUGGACGUGCUUAGCCAGCAGCUCGCGCAUCAGCACGACACGAAGCUGGAAAUGAUCGUGAUAUGGCUCAUCGUUGCCGAGGUCGCCGUGCAAGUCGUGUGGAAUAUCCUCAUUAAGGAUAUCCUCGGCUUCUUCCCGCGCUCCGACACCGAAUAG